CUGCAGGCAUUGGAGCAUGUCAAUGCUCGGCUUCUUGAGCUGUACCCUGAUGAUGAAGAACGAUUUGAUAUUGUCCUGAUGACUAAUAACCAUGCCCAAGUGGGAGUGAGACUGAUAAACAGCAUCAAUCACUACGGCUUAACAAUUGAACGUUUCUGUAUGACGGGAGGAAAAAGCCCUGUUGGUUACCUGGCUGCAUAUCUUACCAACCUGUACCUCUCAGCAGACUCUGAAAAAGUGCAGGAAGCUAUAGAAGCAGGCAUUGCAUCAGCCACAAUGUUCACUGCCAACAAAGACGUUCCUUACUCGGACACGCAGUUGCGAGUGGCGUUUGAUGGGGAUGCAGUUCUCUUCUCUGAUGAGUCAGAACAGAUUGUCAAAGAGCAAGGAUUAGACAGGUUUUUUGAACAUGAACAGCUGAAUGAAAAUAAGCCUCUUGCACAGGGUCCUUUGAAAGGUUUUCUGGAAGACCUGGGGAAACUCCAGAAGAAGUUCUAUGCAAAAAACGAACGAUUAAACUGUCCCAUAAGGACCUUCCUGGUCACAGCCAGAAGUGCGGCGAGCUCUGGAGCCAGAGUGCUGAAGACUCUUCGUAGCUGGGGUCUGGAGAUUGAUGAGGCACUUUUCCUAGCAGGAGCUCCUAAAGGACCAAUUCUGGUGAAAAUCCGCCCUCACAUUUUCUUUGAUGACCAGAUGUUCCAUGUUGAAGGAGCACAGAAAUUAGGCACCAUUGCUGCCCAUGUUCCCUAUGGUGUUGCUCAGAAGUACCACAAAUCUACUUGAUUGGAUGGCACCAUUAAUGAUAAAGUUCUUAAUUCAGCCAGCCUCUAAUUUACCUGUAGUUCUGCCUGAAAAACUCUACAUUCAUAUAUCAUAAGCACUAUAUUUAAAGAUUUAAAUUCUGGCUAGAACAGCUUUAAAAGGAAAUAUUUUUAAUAUUGAUAGGGUUUAGUAGUUAUUUAUUAGCAUUCUUAAGCAGUUUAGGUUUUUUACCCAUCUGGAUCUAACACUGUUUUUAAUAUUAGGAAAAGAUUUGUACUGGUUUUAUAGCUUGAGAUAUAUUUUCAGAGACAGACAACAGUUAUAUUUUUUUUCUAAAAAAAAUGUUGACAGGUUAUUUAUAACAAAAAUCAUACUGC